GCAGUCUUGGUCUGGUUUAAACAGGAAACAGAGGAAAAGGGAAGGAGGGGUUAUCAUCACGUAUACAGAUGAACUCUGCAGUGUUAAGAGUUUUGGUGAAAGAUGUGGAGCUAUUUCAAGCCUUUGUUGUUUUUUCUAAUGAUUCCCCUCACCUCUAGUGCAACAGCUACAGGUACAGUGAGAAGAGUCUCAGUGCCUGAGGAGCAUCGCCUGUACCUGGCCUGCAGUGGCACUGUUGACUUACAGUGGCGACACCAGGUCAACAGGAUCAUAGUCACCAAACAAGGCCAGUCGGUUACUUACACGAACCAACAGAAAUAUGACCUCCAGCCUGAUGGAUCUCUGGUUAUUAAAGAGCUGGAGCCAUCCGACUCUGGGGACUACCACUGCAACGACCAGCUAGUGGCAGACGUGGAGGUACUGAAAGGCAAAAACUUUGCGGUUUCUGCUGGACGAGCCCUAUUGCUUCCCUGUAUAGUAUCUAACAAAGCCAAGUGGAGGUGGUUCUUCAGGAAAGAUAGUCAUGCGAAACGAGAACCCAUCUUGACUCUGUUCAAGAAUGGGACCAUGAAAAAGGAGAGAAAGGACCCCCAGAAAAGGUUUUCCUGUGAUGAAGAUGGUUCCCUGCAGAUCCUCAAUCUGCAGCCAGGGGACUCUGGAGAGUACCUGUGUAAUGGAGAAAAGGCAGCCAAAGUAACAGUGUUGACAGAUCAUCUCAACAUCCAGAGUACCACUGCUCUUAUGCAAACAGAUGUUGUUGGGAGAGAGAACAGGGAGACACGCCCUAUAAAUGUUGUGACGAUAAUAGCUGUCAUUGGACUAUGCCUCGUGGUGCUUCUGGUUGGUCUGCUGUGCAAUUUGCUGAAAGGAAGACUGAGAAAAAGAAGAAAGAAAUGCAGUACAGUGACAGGACACAAGCAGGAAGGAACUGAACUCCAGACUAGGUGCUUGUCAAAUCUAGGGUCUGAUAUCACACAAAGUGAUGGGGAAGAAAGCCCUUCUCAUGUGGAAGACACUGAGGUUCAGUAUGCAUCUCUGGGUCGGCAGAACUGGAGGGAAAGAUUGAAGGUACAUGGAGACCAGAAUCACGUCAUCUAUUCCACUGUGGUCACUGCUAGACCAGCAUUCCAGGGUUUGGAGAGAAUAACACAUUGAUUUGACUGAUUGACUCCUUUACAAAACAGUUUGUUUUUUACCUCUUUGUAUUACAGUACGAGUACAUUUUACAAAGGUUGCUCUUUAAUCCUGUAAUAAAUGUAUUUGAGUCUUUCAAGAUACUAUUCUUUUAUCCAACUAAUUAUAUAUCCUGUUGGCUUAAAACAAUUAUAUUGAGAUUCUUUGGACAAAAAAAACAAUUAUUACAUUACCUUUUCCAACAUUUACAGAAACACUCAUACAUGCACAAAUCAAAAUACAAUCUUAGUUCCAUCAAGAACGGAUAUUUAAAGAACAAUGUCAGCAGAUGCACCAUACGCCUGAAUGAACGCAUUGGGCCACUGUUGCAUAGAUAACAUCUCCCUGGGCCAAUCCUGGCACUCCCUAAGGGCCUUACCAGUGUGCUUCAUACUGGCAUAGUGCAGACUCACUUCCUUAUGAAAUAAUAUAUAUGUCAGUGUUAGUGAUUAAAUAUUGACUUCAUGCCAUCCAAACCUCUCAGGCAUAGAUUUACAGUUAGACAAGUUUUAGUCCUAACGAUUCUGACUAACAGAAGUACUUUUACCUUGAGACUUGAAUUCCUGUUCACACAGGUGCUACACAAAUAUGUUGUUGUACCUGAAAGAGGAAACAAUUCAGAGGCAAUCGGCAGUUCAAACAAUAACAAAUGGGUUAUCCCGCCAUUGUUUUAGUAAAUAGCUGACCAAUGGGGAUGAAGAAAUAGAACCACUCUCAAAUUCAUAGACAGCGCUAUUGAUGCAAGGACUGACCACCAAUGAGAUCAAAAUGAUAUCUUUAAUCAUGUUGUAAUGAUCUUGGGUGAAUAAGCGCGGAUAUUGACUACAAUGUUUUGAGAAUAUAAAAACAAGAUUAGGAUUGGGGUUAUAAUUGGGGUUUUGAUCGGGUAAGACAGUUCAACUAAGCUCAUGAAGUUUUUAUUGAAGUUAUAUUGUUCAAGAAUCAAUGGGUAUAUAUAAUUACUUGAAGUCAAAAACAUUAUUUGUAACAACUGCAGAUUUGCAAAAGAUAAACUUUUAUUUUGUAAUGUCCCUUUAAGUAAACUAUUUACAAGUUUUAUGCGUUUACAUUCCCUUCUGUUUUUGCUGCUUCCAUUCAACCAUAACAAUAAUGGGGAUGAUCAAGAUUUGUUCAACAUAGACUGACCAGGUGAAAGCUACUGUGGGAAGCAUUGGGGUCAACAUGGGCCAGCAUCCCAGUGGAAUGCUACCGACACCUUGUAGAUUCCACGUCUCAAAGAAUUGAGGCUGUUCUGAGGGCAAAAGGGGAUGCAAGUCAUUAUUAGGAAGGUGUUCCUAAUGUUAUGUACAAUCAGUGUACUUUUACCAUACACCAUCUUGUUUAUCCAGUCACUGCAACAGAAAGUGAAAGUAAGAAUUACAUUUCACAGCACAGUCUAUGUAUAGGUGAAAUUACAAGAACAUACGCCUUUGUGUCGGAUCACACACAGGAAGGAUUUUUCUGCUCUCUGUGAAGUCUUCUUACCGUAAAUGUUUUCGAGAUUUCUAACUCUCACCAUGCCAAAUGUAAAUCUCAUCUUGGAGGCUCUGUCUGCUGUCUCAGGUUGCAACGUGGAAUCAGCCACCGCGGGAACACUUUCACUAACCCCACAGGACUUUGUCAAUGUGGUCGCACUAAAGGAGUUCUACGUACAAGAGGGCCUUCUAGAGUUGGAGUACCCAAGUUUGGGGACAUUGUCUUUAAAAGGUGCCUUAGCUUUACCUGAUGCCCCAUCCGCCGCAUCCAUUCCACAAACCACUGUUUCUGUGAACGUGAAUGAGUUCCUUGAUUCUCGGUAUGACUACGACUUUACAAAUGUUAAGGAUGGUGAAGCAGUGUUUACUCGGGGAAAGGAGCAGUACGUCCGACCCUGUGGCUGGAACCGCAUUGCCCUGAAGGUGUUGAACAAAUACAGGGAUGGAGAUGGAUGGUUGGGGACCGGAGACGAGGCCUGGCCAGUGUCCUACCACGGACCUGCUAUGGACGGAUCCCAGGGCAUCAUCAGGAAUGAUGGAGAUGGAGAUGGUGCUACUGUCGGAAGAGGAGUGUACUCAACACCGGACAUUAACGUAGCUGAGAAGUUCUCCAAGAGGUUUACGUCCAAAGUAGAUAACAAAACCUACAAGGUGGUGCUACAGAAUAGGAUCAACCCCCAGAAAAGGCAACAGUGUCGGAGAGAGAGUUACUGGCUGGUUUAUGUGCCUGAGGGAUCAUCUCCUGUUCAAGAGAGAGCUAUUGUGGAGAACUCCAUCCGUCCUUAUGGUCUGCUGCUUAAGGAAGUGUUGUAAUCAAGGCAGACAAUGUUUGAUAGAUAAGUAAAUAGGUUUGCCUUAAUCAUACUCAGUAUGAUCAGAAAAUGAAGAGAUGUAACAUCAGAUCAAUACAAUUCUAAAUCAACUAAGUAACAAGGUUAAUUUGUUAUAGUCAUAGGAUUAGCAUACGAUUGCUUGAGAUUUUUGCAGUGUAAAUGUAGCCUUUACCUGAUAGGCUACUAAUAUGGAUGUGUUCAAAGGUAAUACAAUGACUUGAAAUAAGUGUGGAUUGUUUAUUUACAUUGUACUUUAUUUCCAGUGACCCGCCUCAUCUAACCACAUAGUUUCAACCAGUUGUUUUGGGAAAAGAGUGCUUUCGAAGUACUUAUAACUCCAAAAUGUUAGUUUGGACAACGCAGAAAAAGACUUCACUAUUGAAAAGCUGUUGUUACAGCAUCAAUACAGCAACAAUAUACUACCCUGCCACCUAGUGGUACUCUCAUGAUAUUUAAUUCCAAUUAUUGACUUCCAAUUUGGAUUUUUUUUAAAUGUAAUCAAUUUUAGAAUAAGGAUGUAACCUAACAAAAUGUGGAAAAAGUCAAGGGGUCUGAAUACUUUCCCGGAGAAACUGUAUAUGAACAAUUAGCCUGCUAGUUUGUUGGUGUCUCUUUCAGUAAUCUAGAUGAAGAUAUGCUUAGUGAUUUGAAAAUGCAUUAAUAAAUGGUUUAUUCACAUUAAA